CAACAAUCCCAUCAAUUACCCUAUCACAAGGAGUUUAUGUUUUACAAAGUAUAAAAACUAAUCAUUUAUCCAAACAAUUUUAUAGAAACGAUAAAAAGAAUAUGUCCAAAUACAUUCCCCCUCAUAUGAGACAAAAGCUUUUGGAACAAGCUGACUCUCCACCAUCAUCAUCUUCAUCAAGCGAUAAACCAUUCUCACAAAGACAAAACAGCAGCAGUAAUGGUAAUGGUUCUGCCCAACAAAGAAAAUUCACUGGUGAUAUCUUCAGUUCCAACAAUAACAACAACAAACCAACCAAUAGUAGAGUAGCUGUUGAUUGGAGCAAAUCGGAUGACAAUGACUCUUUUGACAACAAUAGAAGAAGCUAUGACAACAGAAGAAGUUAUGAUAGAGAAGAAAGAAAGCCAGCCUUCACUGACCGUAGUAGAGAUGCUUACACCAGAGAAGAUGUUGAAACUGAAGAACUCUUCAAGUCUAAGAGUACCGGUAUUAACUUUGAUGCCUAUGAAGACAUUCCAGUUAAAGUCACUGGUAAAGAUAUUAUUCCACCAAUUGCUGCUUUCAAGGAAGCCAACCUUCCACCAAAGUUGAUGCAAAACAUUGAAAGAGCUGGUUUUGGUAAACCAACACCUGUCCAAAAGCACAGUAUUCCUAUCGUCCUUGCUGGUAGAGAUUUAUUGUCUUGUGCACAAACAGGUUCUGGUAAGACUUGCGCUUUCUUGUUCCCUAUCAUUUCUAAUUUGAUGACUCAACCUGGUUACGAAACUGUUAUGCCUCAUCCUGAAUUGAUGGAUACCCUUGUUACUUGUCCAUCUGUUUUGAUUAUGGCUCCAACUCGUGAAUUGAGUACUCAAAUUUAUGAUGAAUCUAGAAAGUUUACUUAUCACACUGGUAGAAGAACUGUCGUUGCUUAUGGUGGUGCUGCUAUUCAAUAUCAACUUAAACAAUUAGAAAGAGGUUGUGACAUUUUGGUUGCUACACCUGGUAGAUUGGUUGACCUCAUUGACAGAGGUUCAAUUUCCCUCCACAAUGUUCAAUACUUGGUUUUGGACGAAGCCGAUAGAAUGUUAGAUAUGGGUUUCGAACCACAAAUUCGUUAUAUUGUAGAAAAGACUGGUAUGCCAGCUCCAGGCCAACGUAUCACACUUAUGUUCAGUGCUACUUUCCCAAAGAAUAUUCAAACUUUGGCCCGUGACUUUUUACACAACAAUUUGAACUUGACUGUUGGUAGAGUCGGUAGUACUCACGAAAAUAUUUUGCAAAAGUUUGUUUAUUGCAAAGACGACGAGAAACGUGACUUGAUGCUUGAAGCUAUUGCAUCUGUUGAAACACUUACAUUGGUAUUUGUCAAGACUAAGAAGGAAGCUAGUAUCUUGGAAUACUUCUUAAUGAAGAAUGGUUUCAAAUCAUCAUCCAUUCACGGAGAUAAAACACAAAGAGAAAGAGAAACAGCUCUUGAAAACUUUAGAAGAGGUAUCACACCAAUUUUGGUCGCAACUGAUGUUGCUAGUAGAGGUUUAGAUAUCAACGAUGUAGGUCACGUUAUUAAUUAUGAUCUUCCAGAAAAUAUUGAAGAUUAUGUUCACAGAAUUGGUAGAACUGGUCGUGCUGGUAAUACUGGUAUUAGUACUAGUUUCUUUACUGAUAAGAAUAAUCAAAUUGCUGAUGACCUUAUUACUGUAUUAGAAGAAGCCAAACAAGAAGUCCCACCAUUCAUUGUUGAAGGAAGAGAUAAACUCAGAUAUGCCAAGGGAUUCAGAGGAGGCGGUAGCAGAGGAGGUAGAGGAGGUUCCUCAAACUUCUUUGGAGGUGGUAGUAGAGGUGGAUUUGGCAUGGCCAAUGGUAGAGGUGGUGGUAGUAGAGGUGGAUUCAGUAGUAGUAGAGGUGGAAGCUCAACCAGAGGUGGUAGAUCAUUCUUUGAUUCAAACAAUAACAAUAGAAGAUCAUACCACUCUGAUCUUGGCUUUGAAGAAGAUUAUGAAGAAGAGUAAGCUCACACUCAAAAGAGGAGCACUUAAUUUGUUGGUGAGAGGGUAUCAGGCUAAAAAAUUCAAAUAGCUACGAGUCAAUGUACCAACUCAAAGAUUAGUAUCGGUAGCAGUGUUGGAAAUUAUUAUAGCAUCUUAUGAUGUUAUAGAGAAAUACCAAACUUAGGUUUCUCUAAUUUUAGCUUUUUGUUUGCCUCACAGUUUUGGAUUUUUUUCAUUAUUUUGAGGAUACACUCAAUCUGUAUCUUCAGCUACUGUCUAGGUUUUGCUAGACAACUUUAUUAACUCUCUUGUCAAUAAAUUACCUAUCUUGACAACUUGUAAUGU